AUGCUUCUAAACUCUGAAGUUUUUAAAUCAAGUCCGACUCUGUCUCCUUGUCAGCCUCAAAAAUAGCCUCUCUCUCUCUCUCUCUCUCUCGAUUCUCUCACGUAAGUUGUGAGGUUUCGUCGAUUCUUUGUUUCCUGCCCUUAAGUUAGAACUUGGAUUUUGAUAGCUCACUCAUGUGUUGUUUGCUUCUUUUGUAAAUGAAUAUGAUGUAAAAGCUCUGUGUUACAGGCUGCCCACUUACUAAGACGGAUACCCAUAAAAUAUGGAUAGAUCAUCAUCAUCAUCAUCUGUUCCAGUCGAAAAUGUUGAUUGGAUCAGUACACUACCCGAUGAUUUAUUGCUCAUGAUCUUAUCAAGACUGUCCACAGAAGAAGCGGUAAGGACGAGCGUUGUGUCCAAACGAUGGGAACAUGUGUGGAAGCACAUGUCUCAUCUAGUUUUUGACAUGCAAAAGAAGUUUACCGAUUCUAACGUUACCCUCGAUGUUUCGAAUCGUGUUGCUACACUGAUGACCAAGAUUAUUAACAAUCACCGUGGACAUCUAGAGAGUUGUGUAAUCGACAAUUACACAAGCGAGAUGCUUAAUACUUGGAUUCAAUCGCUCACCGGUGUGAGGCAGACCAAGCAUCUCACACUUGGACACCGUUUUGGACUAGAGAAGUGGCCAAUAAGUCCCGAAUUCCCACAAGACUCAUUCUCAUUGUCAAGCCUCAUAUCACUCUCGCUAUCGUCAUUCAUAUUCAGAACCUCGCAUUCCUUCAACAACUGCCAAAAUCUCAUGACCCUCAAACUCUCAUGUACGUACGCCCGUGAUGUUGGAGUCUUUAACAGAAUCCUCGCAUCUUGCCCUUCCCUAGAGGUGCUUGUACUAGGCAUCGGUUGCACCAAAAAGAGUGGUACUUUGAAGAUUGACAACAAAAGAUUAAAGCUCUUGAAAGUAUCAUCACGUUGCAGUGAGAUUGAUGGCAUUAAAGUGUCAUCACCUAGUUUGCAUAUCCUCGUUAUCGUUGAAAGUCUCUCAUGUGGGAGAUAUAACUUUGACCUCAAGUCUCCUCUACUCCAGUUUAAUAGAAACAUGGCAAGGUUAAGCUUGCCUCACGUCAGCUACAACAUAUCACAGGAGGAAAAUUGCAAAGGGCAUGAAGAAUAUGUGGUAAACUCAUGUGGUGCGUUGUUGAGAGGAUGGCGUGCAUUCAUGUCAGUGAGUGUAGAUUUAAUGAAUCCAAGAGAAGUUGCGAGGUUAAGACAAGUCUUACUUGUAUGCACUGUUCCAAUGACUGAGCUUGAGCUAAUAUUUAAGGUAUGUUACAUUCAUUCUUCUGAGUCANUUUUGUUUCUCAAGAUUAUUAACAAUCACCGUGGACAUCUAGAGAGUUGUGUAAUCGACAAUUACACAAGCGAGAUGCUUAAUACUUGGAUUCAAUCGCUCACCGGUGUGAGGCAGACCAAGCAUCUCACACUUGGACACCGUUUUGGACUAGAGAAGUGGCCAAUAAGUCCCGAAUUCCCACAAGACUCAUUCUCAUUGUCAAGCCUCAUAUCACUCUCGCUAUCGUCAUUCAUAUUCAGAACCUCGCAUUCCUUCAACAACUGCCAAAAUCUCAUGACCCUCAAACUCUCAUGUACGUACGCCCGUGAUGUUGGAGUCUUUAACAGAAUCCUCGCAUCUUGCCCUUCCCUAGAGGUGCUUGUACUAGGCAUCGGUUGCACCAAAAAGAGUGGUACUUUGAAGAUUGACAACAAAAGAUUAAAGCUCUUGAAAGUAUCAUCACGUUGCAGUGAGAUUGAUGGCAUUAAAGUGUCAUCACCUAGUUUGCAUAUCCUCGUUAUCGUUGAAAGUCUCUCAUGUGGGAGAUAUAACUUUGACCUCAAGUCUCCUCUACUCCAGUUUAAUAGAAACAUGGCAAGGUUAAGCUUGCCUCACGUCAGCUACAACAUAUCACAGGAGGAAAAUUGCAAAGNCUUUGCUUUGGUGUCGUGUUUGAUUAGGCAAAGGAAUCUGAAAAGAAAUAUAAUGAUCAAGACAACGUGGUUUCCUGAUAGAAAGAAAUUGGAGAUAGAAACGGCUGUGGCUAAGCUANGUUGA